ACUGUUACUUAGUAAAGAGUUAUAAUCUCCUGGAAGAGCAGCAUUGUAACUUUCUCCAGUCACCAAGUGGAAAAUGAAUUAACAUCAGGGCUUGCAUAGCUUGCGUGAAUUGCUGAGAACUUAGUCUUGUUUAAUUCAUACUGAUUUAUUUAUAAAGUGAUAACAAGAUUCUUGUGGCUUUUGUAACAUCUGCUUUUAAUUUUAGAAGCAUUCAAAUCAAUUUACUGCAUGACAGUAUUUGUCAACACCAGGUAACAAUGACCUCUAACAUGCCUACUCUGUUGAGACUGGUUAGCAGGAUAGACUGAGAAAUAAUAUGCAAACUCCUCUCUUAUCAGGAGAGAUCAGUUCCCAAAGUGACAUGGAUAUUGUCGGUGUAGGUGAUACCUUUAACCAUGAUAUCACUUUAAACCCCUGGGCAACGCUCAGACCCUUGGGAGUGUAUUGCUGCUGAAGGGAACUGCUUGACCUGAAACUCUGAGACUCUCUAUGUUGGAUUUUCUUCUGCUCAAGGGACCAAAGCUGCAGGGUUCAAUCAAGAAUCCCUUAUUUUUACUGGCUUGCAGUCAGGAGCACUCAAGUGACUUUUACUUUUUUCUCCCAGCUUUUUCAUUUUAUGUUUUCUUUUUCCCUAGCCUUUUCUGUUUAUUUUUCUUACAUUCACUUGACACCUGUCCCUACAUUUGGAGGAUGAGAUAAGAAAAGAACUCUGUCCCUGUCAAGACAACAAGCAGAAUAUGCCUGCACAAAAAGGGCCAGAGCAGGAAUCAAACCUCUCCUGGGCAGGCAGGUGUGGGAGAGCUCCUUUGCUGCAGUUGGCUUUCUGGAAUGCCAUCAGUGGCCUUUUGUCACUGUAGUGGGUAUAACUGGAAGCAGGUUUCUCUCUCUCUUUUGUUUUUCCUUAUCUUUUUUAUUUUUAUUUUUUUUUGAGUCAUCAUGCUGCAGCAAAUUUUGCGUGAUAUGUAUAUUGACCCUGAGCUCCUGGCAGAGCUGAAUGAAGAGCAAAAGCAGAUCUUAUUCUACAAGAUGAGAGAAGAGCAGCUGAGACGCUGGAGGGAAAGGGAAGAAAAAGCCCGAAUGGAGGAGGCUGUGCUGAGAAAGACAGCAAGGCGCAACCAGAGUAAUGGCAAACGCGUGCAGUGGCUGCGGGGCAAGGACGGCGAGGUCUGGGUCUGGGUGAUGGGAGAAGCCCCGGGGGACAAACCCUACGAGCAGAUCUCCGAGGAGCUCAUAGCAGAGCGGGCCAGGCAGCAGGCACAGAAGGAGGCAGAAGAGCUAUGGAGACAAAAGGAAGCUGAAAUAACAAAGAAAUUCCGUGAUGCUAUGGCUCAAGAAAAAGCCAGAAUAGUGGCAGAAAAAUGGAAAAUAGAAAUGGAGGAUCGGAAAGCAGCCAAACUGGAGGAAGAAAAAAUUCAGGAGGAACUGAAGAAAAGAGAAGAAGAGGAAAGACAGAAAGGUGAGGAGCUAAUCAGGCAGCAGGAAGAAAUCCGGGCAAAGGAGCUGUACCUGAGCCUCAAGCAAGCUCAGCAGCACAGUCAGCACAGCGACGAUGACCAGGAGUGGGAAGAACAGUUGCGCCGCUCCAAGGCUGCCGACGAGGAGAGGAGCCACAAGGCACGCAGGGCGCGGGACGAAUACCGCCGGCAGUCCCUGCGCGCCAUCCAGAAGGGAAGAGUGGCUGGCCUGAGUCACCUGUUCCAGGGGACAAACCUGAGCAAUGACCAGGAGAUCAAACCAAACAACAGUGCGAGUCCUUUGCUGCCUCCUGUAACGUCCAGCAGCAUCUGGGAGCGCCCUUCUCGGCCCUUCUCCCGAGACGUCAUCAUUCGCUGGUUCAAGGAGGAGCAGAUCCCUCGGCGGGCUGGCUUUGAGAGGAACACCAACAGGAUUGCUCAGUGGUUCCAUGGCAUUAUCAGCCGUCAGGAAGCAGAGGAGUUGUUGAUGAAUAAAUCUGAAGGCGCGUUCCUGGUGCGAGUCAGUGAGAAAAUCUGGGGCUACGCCUUGUCCUAUCGCCAGCAGAAUGGCUUCAAGCACUUCCUGGUUGAUGCUUCGGGGGAUUUCUACAGCUUCCUGGGGGUAGAUCCAAACCGACACCCAACGCUCACAGAUCUGAUUGAUUUUCACAAGGAAGAAAUUAUCACAUCCUCAGGUGGGGAGCUACUCCUGGAGCCAUGUGGACAGCAGAAGAAUCCACCAGACUACAGUCCUUUAUUUGAAUGACUGAUCCAGGACCAACAGGAAUCCAUUCUGGAUAGCUGUAGUAAUAAAUAGUUACAAAAGUAAACAGUGGAAGUAGUUAACCCACUUUCAAAGCCACUAGUCUUGUGGCCAAAAAGUAUCCUCAUUAGGAGGCCUAAAAUAUUUCUGGUUUGCAUCUGAAUUAUCAUCAUCAUUAUUCAUAUUGCUAGCACUUGAAAAGUGAUAAAUUACCAGCAAAUUGCAAAAGAGGACUACUUCAAAAAAUUUUCAAGGGGUUGUAGCCAAUUGCACGGAAUGCUAAGUUCCUGUCCUAAUUUUCUCAUGUUUUAUGCUGCAAGAAGCAUGGGUAGGAGCCAUUCACAGAGUACUGUAUGAAGUAUCAGUGUUGGUGAACAGAUUCUGUGUUCCAAAGCAAGGUUUGACAGUUUCUGUUGACAAUUUCAUUACUCAGUGGUGCACUUUGAUGACAAGAGAAGAAGCCUUCAAACAUCCCUGUGAAGUUUGUGAUUGAGUAUGUAAUUAGGUGCAGCUUGAAAGUUGCCAUUAUGCUUUGAAUUCAGGCCUACAGUGUUCCCCACAGCAGAGACAGAAUAAAGUCAUACACAUUUUAUUUACAUUUUCAUGAAGCCCAAAAGCCUUGGAAGGAACUUUACUCCUGUACAGUAAGUGAUCAGUUUAUUCUAAAGGAAACUGAUUUGCUGCAAUUCUCUCACUGGCCUUGUCAUGCUUUCCACUUUUAGAUGUGCAAGAGACACAGUGGAUAUUGCUAGCUUUACUUUGCUAUAAGACUGGGUACUUCCCUUUUCUGAGUUAUGAGAGGGUGGGGCUAGUGUAUUUAUACAUAGAAAAGGUACAGAUAAUUACAUUACCAUCGUGCUAUUUUAUGUGUAAAACCAAGAUGCACACAAUGUGCUCCUGCUCUAUUUACUAUAAAUACUAACCCCAUGAAAAUAAACCAGAAUCCUAGAUCUGUGGCGCUUAGUGCUUGGACUAGAAAAAUGAUAAAUUCUCAUCACAGUACACAUAGGAAAGGCACAAUGAGCACAUUUCUAUAAACUACUCCUUUGGGCAGUCUCUGAGCCCUGUGGGGUUCUGCUCAAAAUCCAGGUGUAGACCCCUCCUGAACCUCCUGUAAAUCUUUUCCCCCUCAGUCAUUUGACUCUUGACUCAUUGUUACCUUCUGUACUCUGUCUGAUCUAGAUGGUAAAAUCAACUAGGAAAAGAAACUUGUCUUAUACAAGCCAAUAAAGCACACUAAACAUUUCAGGUGCUACAACAGUAAAUAUUUUUGGUAGUAAUAACAGUAUUUUUUAUAAUUAAUCUUAUGGCUAGCUCAUAUUAAAGUACAGAUUUUUGUACACAAGCUUCAUUCUUGGUCAGGAACCUUUUCUUCUGUUAAAAUUGGGUUUUGUGUGAUUUAAUCCAUCAAUGUUUGUGGCCCAUGAAAAGAAAAUUCUAUUGAACUUCCCACAGAGGCAGCUGGGCAGUUUCUGUACUAAUCACUUGGCACAUUGGCUCAGGAGGUAUUAAAUAGUUACUGUCAGUGCUUCAGAACAAAGCAAGUCAGGACAGAGCAAAUAAGCAAAAAAGAUCUGCUUUUCCUGAGAAACCAGCUCUGCACUGUCUCCCUCUUUCAGAGGCAUCUCAAGAACCGCCUCAGGUUGUUCACAGCUGCACAGGUUUUUCAUGGAACAGCGUGACCUCUACUUGAAGGAGAAUGGAAAGAGACCUUUGAAAUAGUAAAAAAUAUAGGUAUGCACAGACUUACCUCUGCAGUCAGAAAACAGUAAGUGACUGUGCAGGGUUAGACACCUAGGCAUCUUUUCAGACCAGUCUUUUGCCUUUAUGCACUGAAGAAAACCCCCCAGAAGCCGAGAACAAUAAUAAAAACCCCCAUGAAAUGCUACCUGUUCUCUGGAAAAGGUGCUAGGUGUGCUAGAAGACAUGCAAAUUCCAGUUUUUGGAAGAUUACUCAACACAGUGCUGUGAAUAUACACAGAAUAUUGAAGAACUUGUUCCACAUGCAAUUCACAUUGAGAAGCUGAUGAUAAUACAGCUAUUUAUUACUAGUGACAUAGUUCCCUGCAACUGCUUGUGUUUUGUUUAGCAUUAAGAAGGCCUGGAAAAAAUCGCUCUUUAGCUUAUGUGUCCUCUUGUGAUGUAAUUAACAUUAUUUUUCACUUCAGAACACAUUUCCUAAUUAAAAUUUUCUAUUUUUUUUGCCUGAAUUCCAUCAACGUCUCACUCUAAGUUUUACCUAGCUUUAAAAUAAAGCCCUUGUAAGUUCCCCUGCAAAUGAUAUUACUUGCAAUACUGCAAUUUCUUCUGAGAGUUUUACUAUCCUAAUAAAUGGCAGAAUUCACAAGCAAAGGAAUUGCUUGUUUUUUCUCCCUUAAGCCCCACAGAAAUAAUGAAAAGUAGCCAGCCAAUUCAUAGAGUUACCAAGAAAGAAAUCUAAACAAUAUAUAACCAGAAGCAGCUGCAAUGAAAUACGGUGCAUGGAAGGUAAGUUUUGAAGGAAACAAAAGGAGAUCAUAGCUAGCAGAAAUUAAAAACAGAAGCUUUCCUUGGUAGAGAUGUGCAGCUGUUACCAAUAUACUUGAGGGAAAUACAAGUGUGGAGAUAUUUUCUAAGUUAACAGGUGCUUCUUGUUGCCUAAGGGGGCAACAAGACAAUAAAGGGACUAUGAAAAGGUAGUCCAGUUAGUAGGAAGAAUAAAAGAUAAAGCAGUGAAGGAGCAAAUAUGGACAAUUAAGAAAAUAAGAAAGAGCAAAAUGUGCUGAUCCUGUUGUUUUGAAAGCAUUUUGGAUUUUUAUUGGUCUGGGAGGAAGACCAGGCACUGCUAGCUCUUUUUCUCUCUACAAGUCUGGAAGAUUUCAGCUUUGAGCUAAAUCUACCUUGGAGGUAGAUGUGACACCCUUGAAUCUGUAAGAGUCGGGCUGGUCUGUGCUGCAGCCUUGAAUGCUUCCCUCUGUCUGCCUCUCCAUGUAGUGCUGGCUGCAGCUGCUCAUCGUGGGCUGAAAAAUGGUCAUGGUGCUGCCAUUUCCUUGGCUGCCAGGGGUACCUUUAGCUCAUUCCCCUGGAACCUUCCAGUCUUGCGUCCUGACCUGUUUUUCAAGUGGCGACUAUUGGUGAGUUGUAAGAGGGGCAUGGUAUGGAAUUUCCUUAUAAUAUUCCCUGUCAAUAUUUCUUGCUGAUGAGAGCACCAGGAGCUCACUGAGAGGUCUGCUAUGGUAAUUGUGUUUCAUAAACAAAAAUGCCACAGCAGCAAAGUAAACUUUUAAACUUUAAAAGGAAUUAACUUUUCUCACAUCUGUUUCACGCCAACAAAAUAUGGCACACAAGGUCCCAAGCUUGUUUGCAGGUAUCUUUGAAAAAAGUAUCUCUUGAGGAUUUAUUCUUGCUUCUUCAUAGAUCCACAGAUCCAUCUGUUCUUUUGAAUUUUUUUUUAAUCUGUUAUUGUACACAGACAUCUCCAUUUUAAUAGUGCCCUCUUCUCUAAAAAAGAACAAAAAGCAAGCAAAGAAAUUGACAGCAAUCAUUGGAUGAGAUUUCUAAGGCUACUCAAAGACUGUAGAUUCCAGCUUAAGUCUUGUAAUUAAUGGAAUAAUGAUGUAGUUUUUGUGUAUGCAUUUUUGCAUAUUAGCUUUAUAAUAGAUGUCCUGAAUUGUUCUUUUAAGUACUAAAUCCCUAUUAUUCUGAACAAAUGCUAAACUAAAUAAAAUAACACCUCCUUCAAGAAAGAGAUACCUAAAAAUUGUUUUUAUGACAGAGAUUCAUUUUCAGGCUGAGUAAAACUAUUUCCAAAAACCAGAUUCAGAGGGAGUAUUUCUUCUAGAUUUCAGUUACCUUAACUCAAGUGAAACAAACUUAUUUCUUGGCUGAGGUGAGGCGGUAUUAAUACACUAAGUACAGUAAAAAUGUAGUAAAAUACUUUAGUUUUAUGUGAACUAGGAAUCCACUUCUGCUCGCCAGAAACCUGAAUACUGAACAUUAAUGGAGUUACACCACAUUUCACUACAGUGUAAAUUCUUCCAUUUACCACAACACAAACUUGGUCUCAGGUUGACUGUGGUAGUUCACAGUGGGAGAAGCUUUUCUCUUUCUAUGAAUAAAUUUGUUUCCAUAUAAUUUACAGGUCAGAGCUUAUUUUUCAAUGAUUUUCAAGGACUGACUUUCUUUUCUGUCUUAUUGUGGCUUGGCUUUAAGAUUCAUUUUUACCUUCCCAAGAGGAUGGGGUAAGUGACCUCUGUGAAGUGUGUCCAUGGCCAGGCUAUCAGUUGCAGAAGGUGGUGUUUGCACUUGACCAGAUGCUUGCUUUAUGUUUCCUGAGAUCAAUCUCCUGGAUACAUACUGUCAGAUGAUAAUGAUGCAUAAUUGAUUUUUAUAGCUAAUUUCUUGCCAUGCAAGUGCUGUGUGAAAGCAUCUCUUCAAAUAUUUGUUUACUGCUAGUGAUUAAUCCUGUAGCUUGUAUAUUUACAUGAUGGCCUGUAGCUAAUGCAAAUUUUCUACUAGGCUGAAGCCUUCAAUGGGUUUGGUUUUUUCUCUCUUGGAAUUUCUUGCAGCAUUUUUAAAUGAAGGUAACAUUUUAUGGUAUCUUUAUUAUAAAACAAUAAGUGACUUAUGGAAGAGAAAUAACUACAAAACAGAACGGAAAUUUAGUCUGGUCCUAUUUGUGUCUUCAUGAUGUAUGUACAAAGGAAACACUUGGCAUGUUAAUGUCUCCUUUAAAGUUUAGCUGCCCUUUCUCCCCUUUUCUCAGUUUUAAUGAGAACAGUGGGUGGGAGAAGAUCAUAAGCUCACAAGACAUUGAGAGAAAAGAGAGGAGGCAGGACUGGUUUAUUCCAUACAAAUUUCCAUAUAACUACACGCAAAGCUUGGGUUAAGUACUUCCCGAGAUGCACAGUGUACAGUGCACUGCAAUUAGUAAGAUAGCUGGCCUGUUGCUCUUAUGUCUGUUCUUGAUUCUCAGAGGCUUUUUGCUCAUGAUAGCCAGAUGCUAAUGUGAAAUACAUUUUUAGGAAGUCAUUCAAAUCCAAUGUAAUGAAGAAGAGUUAAGGUAUAUGUUUCAUUAUCAUUUUUGCUGUUGACAUUUUCUCUCAAGGAAUCCCAGAAAAAAAUAAAAUUCUAACAGCAAUGCAUAAGUUCUGGUCUGCCUUCUAGACAAUAUCUCGUUACCUAUUAUGUGCUAUACUCACAUAAUGCUACUUCAUUUAUUUUGAAUUUCAGUAGUCUAUAUGCUAUAUUGGAAUCUAUCUAAUAUUUUUAAUAAGAAAGUUGUAGAGACAGAUGUAGGCAAGUAAACCAUUCCGUGGGACAAAAAGUCACUGAAUUCCAAUUCUGAGCUCCCACAACAUUUGCUGGAGUUCAUGUGGUAAUCCUUAGUUGAUAAAUAUGAACAUUUUUAUCAGGGCUGCCUGUUGAAAUCACAUUUUACUUUCCCCAGAGCUGCUCUGAAAUCUUCCAUUGACACCAUUUAAUGGAGAAAUGUUCUGUUUUCAAAAUGCCAAGCAUCAUAAAAUUGUGUCAAUUCCUUAGAGUAAAAAAUAAAAAGUAAUAGAAUUAUCUAAGGGCAUUUUUAAUUGCAGAAAAUAUGAAAAAUGUGCUCAAAUCUAACACAGAAAAUUGUCAUAUUUUUAUUAAUCACUGAAAGAAAAUGUGCUACAUUAUGCUCAAAAUUCAAUGCAGAUAUUCAAUGUUUUUGACAUUUCAUUAGGUAUCCAUUCUCUCCCUUAAUGCUAGUUUCCUUUUAAGGAAGAAUGAAAAUACCCAGGGAGCAGUUACUCAAAAUGUCAAACCCAUUAAAUAUCUGAUUUGAUGAUUGAAAUAAAUUUGUGAAGGUUUAAAUAAGAACCCAGAUAAUUUUCUUCAGAAAAAAAAUCAAGCCAGGAAAGUGAGUUCAGAAAAAAAGAAUGGAUGCAUCUUGUCCACAAUUUUGAGUAUAUUGUGUUACAUGCUUGGAUCCUUAGAGUAUGAUUUACAUUUAUACACUACUAAAAAGUCUGAGCAUCAAGAAAUAAUUGAGGAAAAUGGAAUAAUAAAUAACAUAAAGACCUACUGUUCCAGAUUCUCUGAAAAAGGCUAAUUCUAUUAAUGGUUAUGUAAAAGACCAAGUCUAUUCAUGAACGUUUGUAGAAAAAAGAAAUCUAAUUUUCCAAGUUGUCAUUGUGAUCAAUCACAAUAGAAAUCUCGUCCUGGAUGAAGGUUUGUGAUUAAGAAAUAUGAAGUUCAGACUAUGCAUUCAAAUACCAGAUGGAAACCUUUGCAAUGUACCAGCUCCUUGCAAAGGUGAAAUAUCCCACAGAACAGCUGUUGUGGUGUAGCAAGAAUGAGUAGCUUGGAUUCCCGUUGCUCUCCUCAGGCUGGACUAGAAACAGGCACUUCAGAGUUCCAGCUCAGAGUUGUAUCAGCUCCUCCUGCCAAAGACCACUGGUUAUUUGAGAAGGCGGGAUCAGGAGAGAGUGAGAAAACUUGGGAAACCUUGAAAUAUUACUAUGAAAGGCAAAAAAACAAACAAACAAACAAACAAAAAAACCCAAAAACCAAAAAACAAACCCACAUCCCCUUCCUCACCCUAGAUAAGAAUGAGUUUGUAAUGGGGAAACAAGGAGGCAUUGUGGAACUGGCAGACAAUGUUUCCUGUUGGGGAGGAGACAUGUACACAAUUUGUUGAAGUCAAUGAGACAGAAGUGGGGAAUAAGGAUUUCACAGCCGGGUCAUUUUUUAUUCAUUCUGUUCUACAGCACUGCACAUACAGCCAUGAAGUGCUUGGAGUGCUAACCCAUCUGUUCUCAGGAGCAGCUCACAUCCAGUGGGCUAAAAAUACUCGGUCUGCCAAGGAGACAGUCAAGGUACUUUGAGAAGUCUUGGAUGCUUUUACUUUGGGCCACAGACAAAGGUGAUAAAUUAGGAGACAUCAGGGUUCUUGUUUAAAAUCUCUCUUCCUCUCCCGGACCUAUUAAUAAUGAAGCAAGUUCAAAAUAAUGAAAGAGAAAACUGGCUGCUGGCUAAGACUCUGUUUGUAAUCCUGGGUCUGCACCUGCCCACAGUGCUAAAGUUCGAUUCAAGUUGCACUUCAGUAAUUGAUGAUCACUUGUCAUAUCCCUUUAUAAAGCUUUUUCAUCAAUGUCUCUUGUGGUUCAUUUUCUAUCAGCAGCAAAUCAAUGACAUUUUAAUGGAAUAGAGAGCCUUCUUGAGACUGAAUUAUGUUGCUUUACCUGUUUUAAUACCAGGUGAAGUUCUCAAAGGCUCGACAGAUAAUAGUUUUUCAGAUUUUUUUUCUUUGAUAACUUUGUUUCUGCAGAAUGGUGGCAUCUUUGUAAUCAGCUCUAAUAAAGAUUGAAGGCAUUAAU